GCAUCUCCAACUCCCCAACACCUCCUCAGCUCAGCAGCUGAUCGCGACUGAAGGCAUUUUCUCGAUUGCAGGCAUCUGUAAACCAGCGAGAUUUUAUCUACAUUUCAACUGCCCUCAAACUACCACCGUCCUUACGGAAUACCUCCGCAAAACAUCCGACCCUCACCAGUCCCCCGAAUUGAACACCAACCAACAGCCAACAUGCUGUCGUUCCUCUCGUCAAACCUGUCGAAUACGCGACAAUCGCUCGCUCAGGUCUUGAACUUUGCCCUCGUCCUCUCCACGGCGUUUAUGCUCUGGAAGGGCCUCUCCGUGUUCACAGCCUCGUCGUCGCCCAUUGUGGUUGUCCUGUCUGGGUCCAUGGAGCCGGCCUUCCAGAGAGGGGAUCUAUUAUUCUUGUGGAAUCGCAGCCCAAGAGCUGAAGUGGGAGAAGUGGUGGUUUACAAUGUUCAGGGCAAGGAUAUUCCCAUUGUGCACCGCGUUGUGAGAACGUUCCCCGAGGUGCAAGGAAAGGGCUCUUCGAAGAAGGUCAAGGAGAUUGCUGCGUCCGCUACACCCAACAACAUGCUUCUCACUAAGGGAGACAACAACAUCGCCGAUGACACCGAGCUGUACGCGAGAAACCAGGACCAUCUGAGUCGCCAGGAUGAUAUUGUCGGUAGUGUGCGAGGAUAUAUUCCUAUGGUUGGAUAUGUGACCAUCAUGCUCAGCGAACACCCGUGGCUAAAGACAGUGCUACUCGGGAUAAUGGGGUUGAUGGUGAUUCUGCAAAGGGAAUAAUCAGUUGCAGUUAAAAAGUUUCCAUUAAAAGUGGAUUAAUAAUUGAUAUUUGCAUUGCAGCGUAGUACUUCCUCUCGUAUAUAAAUAGAACCGUCAAAUAAUAGACUGCAUAAAUGCUGAUUCUAAGCACUGCUUCUCUUGCCUUGAAUGGCUCAAGUCUGACGUCGCCAAUUCGGGCCCCGCUACCGUUACGCCCCGCUGGAGAAGGCUGGACUCUGGGUCUUCAUUCACCAUCAUUCAUCAGUCAGUCUACUCAGCCUCAAUCCAGACAGCUGCCUGGAGUAUCUCUAUUUAUUCGCUUACAUCCAUCUUUUAUCGCACGUCGAAUUCCUUAUUCCUUCUGCAACCGUCAAUCCAUUG